CCACCGCCGCGCGUCGCCUUCUCCCCGGUUCGCGCCGGCCCCGCCCUCCGCAGCCGAGUAAAGUCACGUGAGCGGGGCUGCGGCGCUCCGCUCCGCGCGGUCAUGGUGGCCCCGAUGUACGGUUCCCCGGGCGGCCGCCUGGCCCGGGCGCUGACGCGGGCGCUGGCGCUGGCCCUGGUGCUGGCCCUGCUGGUCGGGCUGUUCCUGAGCGGCCUGACGGGCGCGAUCCCGAUCUCGGGACGCCAGUGGGGGCCCAACGGGCCGGUCCCUCCCGAGUCCCGCAGCCGCUCCGUGCUCCUGGACGCCGAGACCGGCCAGCUCCGCCUGGUGGAUGGCCGCCACCCGGAUGCCGUGGCCUGGGCCAACCUCACUAACGCCAUCCGCGAGACCGGGUGGGCCUUUCUGGAGCUGCACACGAACGGCCGCUACAACGACAGCCUGCAGGCCUACGCCGCGGGCGUGGCGGAGGCCGCUGUGUCUGAGGAGCUCAUCUACAUGCACUGGAUGAACACGGUGGUGAAUUACUGUGGCCCCUUCGAGUACGAAGUCGGUUACUGCGAGAAGCUCAAGAGCUUCCUGGAGACCAACCUGGAGUGGAUGCAGGAGGAGAUGGAGCUGAAGCAGGGCUCUGCUUACUGGCAUCAGGUGCGGCUGACCCUCCUGCAGCUGAAAGGCCUCGAGGACAGCUAUGAAGGCACUAUGACCUUUCCAACUGGGAGGUUUACCGUCAAACCCUUGGGUUUCCUCCUGUUGCAGCUCACCGGGGACCUGGGAGACUUGGAGCCUGCCCUGAAUAAGACCAAGACCAAGCACGUUAUGGGCUCUGGCUCUUGCUCUGCCCUCAUCAAGCUGUUGCCUGGCCAGACGGACCUCUUGAUCGCCCACAACACCUGGAGCUCCUACCAGAACAUGCUGCGCGUCAUCAAGAAGUACUGGUUCCAGUUCCGGGAAGACCCCCAAGAAAACUCUCCCCUGGCUCCUGGCAACAAGCUGGUCUUCUCAUCCUACCCUGGCACACUCUUCUCCUCUGACGACUUCUACAUCAUGGGCAGUGGGCUGGUGACACUGGAGACCACCAUUGGCAACAGGAACCCGGCCCUCUGGAAAUAUGUGCAUCCCAAGGACUGUGUGCUGGAGUGGUUGCGUAAUGUGGUGGCCAACCGCUUGGCCUUGGACGGGGACGCCUGGGCAGACACCUUCAAGAGGUUCAACAGUGGCACGUACAACAACCAGUGGAUGAUCGUGGACUACAAGGCAUUCAUCCCUGGCGGGCCCAGUCCCAGGAACAGGGUGCUCACCAUCCUGGAGCAGAUCCCGGGCAUGGUGGUGGUGGCCGAUAAGACCUUAGAACUCUACCAGAAGACCUACUGGGCCAGCUACAACAUACCGUACUUUGAGAGUGUGUUCAAUGCCAGUGGGCUGCAGGCCCUGGUGGCCCAGUACGGGGACUGGUUCUCCUAUGAUGGGAGCCCCCGGGCCCAAAUCUUCCGGCGGAAUCAGUCGCUGGUGCAUGACCUGGACUCCAUGCUCCGGCUCAUGAGGUACAAUGACUUCCUGCACGACCCCCUGUCGCUUUGCAAAGCCUGCAACCCCCAGGCCAACGCAGAGAACGCCAUCUCGGCCCGCUCUGACCUGAACCCAGCCAACGGCUCCUACCCUUUCCAGGCCCUGCACCAGCGCUCCCACGGGGGCAUAGAUGUUAAGGUGACCAGCAUGGCACUGGCCAGGGCCUUUCACAUCAUUGCCGUCAGUGGCCCUACGUGGGACCAGCUGCCUCCGUUCCAGUGGAGCUCCUCGCCCUUCAGUGGCCUGCUGCACAUGGGCCAGCCUGACCUCUGGAAGUUCUCACCCAUCGAGGUCUGGUGGGACUGAGUCUCGUUCUCUGCCCUGCUGACCCCCAGUGGGGCCACCCUCGGCCACCACCCUGACCUCCUGCCCGCCCCCUCUGUGGGCUUCGUCCUCUGCUGUGCCUGGAUCAGGGACCUGGGUCUGCCAGGUUCACUCUCAUCUGGGUCGUCUCUUAGGUGGGACGCGGGGCCCGACGGGGCCCAGAACUGACUCGUUCGCUCCCCUUAAGUGAGGGAAUGCCUCCCCUGUCCCCUGCCUCUCUGCAUCUCUCCCUCUCUAUUCUCUCUCUACUCUGUCUGCUUCUCUCUUUCUCCUGUGCUGGGGUCCUGUCCUCACAUGCUGCCCCCUCUUGAGGGCUUGGGAGGGGUCCUCGGAUGGGGUUUCGGGCCGCUGGUAGAGCAGAGGGGACCAUUCCAGUUCCUGCCUCUCAGUGUCAUUCCUGCCAGUGGCUCUGGGACUUGUGGGGUUUCGGCCCCAGGACCUGGGCAUUGCCUCUGGUUGACAUCGGUCUUUCCAUCUCCCAGCCCCAGCCACUCUGCUUCCCUCAGGAAGCAGCCCCCUUGUUUCCCCUUCUGGACAGCUUUCCUGAGGACAGAAACUUGAAAACAAACAAAAACCAAAGUUUCUGGUGACUUGUGGCUGGAGGGGUCUUCAGGGGCAGACAAGAGUGUCACCCUCUGUGCUGCAGCCUCAUGCCCCCUGCCCCCAGCUUGGUCCUGCCCCUAGCCUCAGGACAGUGCCCACAGCUCCCCUGCUGUAAGAACCAAAUUGCAGGCUGUGCUGCCAUUAAAGGAGAGGCUGUGGCC